ACACUUAAUCCAGGGUUUCAUUAAAUUGCACAAUGCUUAAAAACAUGUGCAGAGCCUGUGGCAGAUACGCAGCCGGCGAGAAAUCUUUAAGAAUCUUUGAUAAUAAAAAUAUGCUUUGGAACAUUCAAGUUCUUACGGGACUAAUUUUGGAAAAUGCUAAAAGUUUACCGGACCUCAUCUGUAAUUUCUGCCAAACAGAAUUGCGCGAUUCAAUCAGAUUUAGCGAUAGAGUUAUUGCAGUCCAGCAGCAGCUCCUGUCAUCGUUAACUGAGGACGAACUUCAGGAAGUAUCCGAGGAUUAUAGAGAGGCCGUAAGAGAAAUCAACACGAGUAACUUUGAAGCUAAGUCCGAAUCCAAAAUUAUAGACGAGUCAGAGGAAGAGCUCAUAAAUAAAGCCGAGCACGAUGAAAAUCAGAUAGUUAUUGAAGAACAUGGAAACCAUGAUAAUCUACUAGAAUACGACAUCAUCAUCGAUGAUAACCCAACAACACAAGAUGUAGCAAAAAGCGAGAAUCCCUCUGAUUCCACUGAACAGCAAAUAGCGACUUGCAGCGAAGAUUGUAAUAAUUCACCCAUUGAAAAUUACAUGCAACCUGAUUUAGAUGUAGAGUGUGAUGGAGUGCCUACAAGUAAUGAAAUUCCUGUGGCCCCAAAUUCAGCUAAGAAGAAACGUGGUCGAAAGAGCCUCACAAAUGGCAUUUUCGUUUGCGAGGAGUGUGGCAAUCAUAUAUCGGGUCGCAUGUCCUUCGAACUACAUUGCAGACGACAUCGUGGCGAUAAGCAGUUCCAAUGCGACGUCUGCCAGGAUCGUUUCUGCACUAGCUCCGAGCUGAAAAGUCACAUGCGGAAACACACUGGAGAACGUCCCUUUGCCUGCCAUUAUUGUGAUCGUUGGUUCGCGGACUACAGCACUCGGGUGAAACACGAGCGGACUCACACCAAUGAACGACCUUAUGUUUGCCAGAGUUGUGGGAAAGGCUUCACCACCACCUACAUACUGAAGAACCACAUGCUCAUCCAUUCCGGCGAACGUGCCUUCAGAUGCGACUUGUGCAAUAAAUUAUUUAGACGGCAAACGCAUCUUAAUACGCACUGUCUGUCAACCGCUCACAAGCGCAAAAUGGAGCGUCAAAACAAGGGAUUAAAAGUUAAUUGAUAAUUUUUGAUUGAUUGAUUGAUUAUAACUAUUUCCCGCCAUGAGAGUUUUCUUUAACUUCUAAAAUAUGCUAAGCAGAAUACAUAAUUUUAUGCUCACAUUUAUUUAUUUAAUCUCAACUAAUAUCAGAACUCGAAAAGUGGAAAAUAAAAUAAAUAAAAAUCA